AUGAAAGAUUUAACUUGCAUUAAAAGUUUGAUUUUUGAUAAGCGCUUCAGUCUUACGAACUUAUUUGCUACUAACUUAGAACCAUCACAAGAAAGAGAAGUUACUGUAACUGCAUCCGGAACCGAAAGCGACGAUGACGAGUAUCAGGAAUAUAUUGUUCCUGAGGGAUGUACCGCAACAAUUGCUUGCGAACUCGAGGACAGCGAUCGUGUUCGAGAGCUCAACUGGAAACGUGAUGGAGAAACAAUAAAUUACGAUGGGAAUCCACGUAUCGAACAUGUUGUGAACGGCUUGAAACACUAUCUCGUUAUUCGAGAUGCUCAACCUGACGAUUCUGCUUGCUACAGUGUUUGCAUUGAUUCUGUUGAAUUUAAGGUUGCGCAUGUUAUUGUAAAUAAUAGUACAUCGACGUACGCCGCCUUACCGAUGAAGCGUAUUUCAAGCAGUUCACUUCAUAACGUGUGA